AUGUUCAUAUCGAUACUCACAACGCCUGCUGCGGAGGCAACUGAGAAAAGCAUCGCUAUCAUCGAUAUGGCUGCUGGCUACUUCGCGUAUCUCGACUACUCCACAGAUGCCAUCUUUUCUUUUGAACUAGUGAAGAAUCUGGCGCAAUGGGCUAGGCAAGCAGUUUCUCAAUCAGGCGAGCAAAUUCCCGCUACGCAGUCCACACACUUUACCACCGAACCAGACGUGCCACCGCCAAUGGAAAGCUUCCUUGUAGACUCAAUCCUUGAUACGGGAAUCGACAUCGAUGGAAUGGACUUGGGUGAUUGGCCGGCUUUUCUUCCUCGCUUGCCGCAAUUCACAACUUGA